GUAUAUGUACUCCAUAAUUGAGUUGGUAUGUAUCAGAAUAAAUAGCAACUCUAUUUGAAAAUAGUGCGUGAGAGGGAAAUUGGAGAAUUAAUAGCACAGGCAAUGGAGAAAGUAGGCAAGGAUGGUGUCAUUACUGUUGCUGAUGGAAAUAUUAUGGAUAACGAAUUGAAAGUGGCGGAAGGGAUGGAACUUGCCCGUGGUUAUACAUCCCCCUAUUUUGUUACAGAUGCAAAGACUUGGAAAUGUGUUGUAGGUUUGCUGAUGGAAGCCCAUGGAUCUAUCCGCCGUCAUUUUACAUAUGAGUCGGUAGCCAAUCGGAGAACAAGAAAAAGAAGAAGGGGUUGGAUUCACUGAUUCAUGAAGAAGGUGUCCAUGGCGAGAGGGUGGAAAGGCGGAUGGUAACAGUGCAGGGUCAAUUUCUACUUUUGAUCAUCUUCACAGAUUUUCACAGGAAAAUAAGAGCCACUGCCUGUUUGAUGAAUUGAAGGGUACUCAAAGAGCUGUUUCCCAUGUUUUCCCUCACUAUUUCAUGGAAUAAAAAACAAAGAUUGACCCUUCUCUAGCAACUGUUGUUCUCAAAAGAAGAUUUUGGAGUAAUAACAAUGGAAUGAACCACCUACUCAGUAUCAAAGAAAGGUUUGUAAUACUC